CCAUGGAGGUUGUGUACGUGUAUGUCAAGAAGCGUAGCGAGUUCGGGAAGCAAUGCAACUUCUCUGACCGCCAGGCAGAGCUGAACGUCGACAUACCGCCCAACCCUGAGCUGGCCGAGCAAUUCGUGGAGCGGAACCCCGUGGACAAGGGCAUCCAGUGCUCUACUAGCAUGUCGGAACACGAGGCCAACACAGAGCGGUUUGAAAUGGAGACCCGGGGAGUUAAUCACAUCGAAGGGGGCUGGCCCAAGGAUGUGAACCCCCUGGAACUGGAGCAGACGAUCCGCUUCCGGAAGAAGGUGGAGAAAGAUGAGAACUAUAUCAACACCAUCACGCAGCUGGGCUCGAUCAUGGAGCACUGCAUCAAGCAGAAUAACGCCAUUGACAUCUACCAGGAGUAUUUUGAUGAUGAGGAUGCGGUGGAGGUGAUGGAAGAGGCCCCUUCAGCUAAAACCAUCAAUGUUUUCAGGGAUCCCCAGGAAAUUAAGCGGCCAGCCACACACAUCUCCUGGCACCCCGAUGGCAACAGGAAGUUGGCAGUGGCGUACUCUUGCUUGAAUUUUCAACGGGCGCCUGAGGGCAUGAGCAAUGAAUCGUACAUCUGGGACCUGGAAAAUCCCAACAGGCCAGAAAUUGUCCUAAAGCCGUCUUCUCCUCUUGUCACCUUGGAAUACAACCCCAAAGAUUCCCACGUGCUCCUGGCAGGCUGCUACAAUGGGCAGAUCGCCUGUUGGGACACCCGGAAGGGCAGCCUGGUGGCAGAGCUGUCCACCAUUGAGUUCAGCCACCGAGACCCUGUUUACGGCACCAUCUGGCUGCAGUCGAAGACGGGCACCGAGUGCUUCUCAGCAUCCACGGACGGGCAGGUCAUGUGGUGGGACGUCCGGAAGAUGAGUGAGCCCACCGAGGUCGUCAUCAUGGACAUCACCAAAAAGGAACAGUUGGAGCAUGCCUUGGGGGCCAUCUCCCUGGAGUUCGAGGCUACUCUGCCGACCAAGUUCAUGGUGGGCACGGAGCAAGGCAUCGUCAUCUCCUGCAACCGUAAGGCCAAGACACCGGCUGAGAAGAUCGUGUGCACCUUCUCAGGCCACCAUGGCCCCAUCUAUGCCCUGCAGCGAAACCCGUUUUACCCAAAGAACUUUCUGACUGUCGGCGACUGGACCGCCCGCAUCUGGUCAGAAGACAGCCGGGAGUCGUCCAUCAUGUGGACCAAGUACCACAUGGCUUAUCUCACUGAUGGUGCCUGGAGCCCAGUGAGGCCAGCGGUUUUCUUCACCACCAAGAUGGACGGGACCUUGGACAUCUGGGACUUUGUGUUCAAGCAAUGUGACCCCGCCCUCAGCCUGAAGGGCAAUGGAUGUUUCAUUGCCUGUGGCUCCCAGCUGGGGACAACCACGCUGCUGGAGGUCUCAAAUGGGCUGUGCACCCUGCAGAGGAACGAGAAGAACAUGGUUUCCUCGAUGUUUGAGCGUGAGGCCCGGCGGGAGAAGACCCUGGAGGCCAGGCACCGUGAGAUGCGACUGAAGGCGGAGGGCAAGGCGGAGGGCAAGGCGGAGGGCAAGGCUAGCCACCCGAGGGAAGAGAAGCCUGCCUUGAAGCUGGAGCAGCUGGUCACCGAGGCCGAGGAGGAGUUCUUCGAUGUCAUCUUCACGGAGCUGAAGAGGAGGGAGGCGGAGGCCACAAAGAAGCCCAAGCCUGUAGGGGCCUCGAGCGGGCUCGGGGUGGCGUGGCCGGGAGGGAGCUGCGGCGCCCGGGCUGCCUGCUUGCUGACCUCGGGCGACCGCGAGCAAGUGGCCUCACCGGGUGGACCUACAUUUGUCCACCUGGCAAGUGGGAGGAAUUACCCCCUUCCUCCAGAGGAAUCCUAA